AUGGCUUCGAACAACUUCCGAGCUAGAAAAUUAGUACAUAUGGUAGUAAACACUGACGUCUGCCACGAUAAUUCUGUGCGGAAUACUGAGCUGAGCACAAGUACGUUAACUAUUGAAAUCGAACCUGAGGAUACUAAAAAAUCUGAGGAUGAAAUUUUUACGGAUCGUCAGGAUAUCGCUUCAUCACAGGACGUGGUUAAUGCAGAUUUCUCAUUAAACUUGUCAUCAGCUGCAUUGGGAGAUAUACGAGUUUCAGAUUAUUCUUUUUCCAAAGAUGAAAGCUUUGGUUUGUUGUGUAAUGAGACACUGACACAUUCUCUUAUGGGCAGUCCAGUUGCUGAUUUUGGCACAGAAGAUGAACCUACCACCUCGCAAGGUCUUCAAGAGAUCGAAAACCAGAGAAGUAACGAAAGCUGUCCGGACGUAGAUAAUGCACCAACAACAUCGAAUAAUCAAAUUCUAGUAACUGAUUCAGUUAUGCAAAAUGAAGAUAAUGAAGCCGCAAACAGAUUAGUGUGUGAUGCUUUAAAGGGCACAACAAAAAAAGGAACACCAAGAAUUAGGAAACUGUAUACAGAAUCUACAAACACUAGAAAAGAAGCAAAAAAACAAAAAAAAAUUGAAAAGUUCUGUGUUAAACCAGCAUGCACUACAUCUUGCAAAAAAAAAUGUGGAGAGAAAUUUUCAGAGUCAGACCGUAUGAAUAUUAACCAACAGUUUUGGGGACUUAAUUACGAAAGUCAAGGAUAUUAUAUUCAGUCAUUAAUAAAGAAACAACUCGUUAACAGACGCUUACAAAUUAGUACCUUAUCUCGUAAUAAUACGUUCAAAUAUUUUUUGGAGAAAGCGAACGAAAAAUUUGAAGUGUGCAAAAUAUUCUUUUUGACUACUUUGGGUUAUAAUAAAAAAAAUGACCGGCGAAUAUUAGAUGCUAUAAAAAAACCAUGGAAUGCUCAAACUGACAAACGUGGGAAAAGAGAGCACAAAGAGAAGAUAGAUAGAAAUCAAUUAAAAGAGCAUAUUGAAAGCUUUAGGCCUGCUAUCGCACAUUAUCGGAGAAAACAUGCACCAAACAAACGAUACUUACCUAGUGAUCUAAAUGCGACUUUAAUGUUUAAAGACUUCCAAGACAAAUUCCCUGAUAUCAAGGUUUCUUAUGAAUUAUACAGACAUUUUUUAAAAAAGGACAUGAAUAUUUCUUUUACUCUUUUGGGCAAUGAAGAAUGCGAGGACUGUGAAAGUUUUAAGUUACACCAGCCCACAUGUCAAGAUUCCGCAUCCUGUGAUACCUGUAUAUCAUAUAAACUACACAAGCAAAAAUACGAGAAGGCACGGAAAUGUUAUCAAGAAGAUGUUGAUUUAUCGACCAAAUUCACAGAAAAAGCUUUUUAUUCAGCAGACUUGCAAAAAGUCAUCAUGUUGCCACGUAUUGAUAUGUUUAAAGCUGCUAUUUUUUGUCCCAGAAUAAUAGCUUUCAACGAGAGUUUUGUACCUUUGGGGCCUACUAAGUCAACCUCUCAGCCAUUCGCCGCAAUAUGGCAUGAAGCCAUAUCAGGACGAAAACAAGAAGAUAUAAUAAGUGCUUUUAGAGCGUUUUUCAUCUGCAAACGCGACAGUACUGACAUAGUAGUAUGGGCCGACAACUGUUCCAGCCAGAAUAAGAAUUGGGCAUUUUUCUCAUUUCUUAUUCAGAUAAUUAACAGCUCUUUGAUAUGUGCCAACACGAUUACCAUUAAAUAUCUUGAAUCAGGACAUACUUUUAUGUCAGCCGAUAACUUUCACCACCAGGUUGAACAACAAUUAAAAAGAGCAAAAAAAGUUUAUGAUUUCUCAGACUUCAUUGAUUGCAUUCAGUUAGCUAAUUCCGGAAAAGUAACAGUGAAACCUAUGGAAGUUACUGAUUUUUACAAGUAUAUUGAUCAUUCAUCGCAGCAUAAAUUGAAAAAGAGCACAAAUCGGAUAUAUUUGAAAGAUAUUGUUAGUGUCGAGGUGCGUAGGAAUAAUUUUAAUUUAUUUGUAAAGACCGAACAUGAUGGUGAACUCCGAGAAAUAGGGUUCCUAAAAAUGAAACACAUAAAGUCUCAUUCAAUUCCCGAUCCCAUACAAAAUUCAAGUCCUAGGGGUAUCACUGAAGCUAGAAAAUCUGCAAUUAUUUCAACGCUCACUAGAGUUAUUCCAGAAAAUAGACUACCAUUUUGGCAAAACUUGCAUACCAAUGACAAUUCAAUUGAUCUAGUUAAUAUUUUAGAUGUAGAUGAUUGUGAUGAGUAA